UCAACGCAACCCAGUUACAAGUGCGGAUCAACCCCGAUGCGAGUGCUGCUCUGUCAUGCGAAGCAAAUUGUUGCCAAACGCAGUAUCUGAAGGUGAACCCUUGAACAAGCAAAUACUAGCCUUUAUCAAUUUGCUGAGUACGACUUAUUUACUUAAAACAAACAGGUUCACAUACGAUCCCGAUGGUGACCUGAGUACCACCAGCGGCAACCCGCUGGCGGAGACCGUCCUGCAGAUCUUUGCUCAAGACGUUGGCAACGUCAUCUGGAAUGACCAGCCGGGCUCAAGGGCACCGGAUACCCCUAUCGUCGAAGACUUCCACGCACAUGCCAAAGGUGAACCGUUGAGCCUCUUUCUUGAAUGCACCCCUUCAUCUUCUUGUGUAAAAGGAUUUCAAGGAUUCUGUCAUAUGUCCCCCUCAAAACAAAGUUUCCAAUCCUCUGCAGGUGUGAUUGGCUUUGAUGAGUCUGGAGGCUUCUACCUGAUGCACAGCACACCCAAUUUCCCAGACAAUCCCGCAGACAGCGAGUACCAAGGCAAGCGCCCCAUCCAACACCAUGCCAUUAUCGCCUCUUAACUGUAUUGCCUUGUUGCAUCGUCAUUUAAGUCAACUAGAGAUGGCCCGCAAGUUGGCGUUGCUUUAUCAGAUAUCCCACUUUCCC